AUGUAUCGGCAAAACGCAAAGAAAUCGAGCAGUUCGGAGAUACAAUACUCUUUUGCCAUAUUUCUAAUACAGGCGGCUCAAGAGGCCGGUCUAAAUGUAGAAGAGGAUACGCCGCGAAAAGCUAGUCCGAAGCCUGGUCGUAAUAGCCCUUAUAUUGAAAGCGAACCAGCCACUCCACAAAACCUACUGCGCGAAGCCAAGAGCAUUCUACAAAAACUAGCCGAUCGAGGGUAUCCAUUUGCACAAUAUUAUUUAGCUGAUGGUUAUUCUUCUGGGCUUUUUAACAAAGGGAAACCAGAUCACAAUACAGCCUUUUCUCUAUUCGUUUCGGCAAGCAAGCACGGCCAUGCUGAGUCUGGCUACCGUGCCGCGCUGUGUUAUGAAUUCGGAUGGGGCUGUAGAGCUGACGCUGCUAAAGCAGUCCAAUUUUAUCGAGCAGCGGCAGCUAAAAAUCACCCAGGUGCAAUGACUCGUCUUGGUCGAGCCUGUCUCUCUGGGGACCUCGGCUUUGACAGAUACAAGGAGGGGCUUAAAUGGCUGAAACGAGCUACUGAAUCAGCAGAUGCUCAGUACAAUUCAGCACCAUAUCAUCUUGGAGUAUUAUACGAGAAUGGCUAUGGAGAAGAUCUUUUCAAAGAUGAAGCAUAUGCAGCUGAGCUGUUUACUCAAGCAGCAGAAUUGGGAAACGCCGACGCUUCUUUCAAACUAGGUGAGGCAUACGAACAUGGAAAACUUUCAUGUCCACGCGAUCCAGCCUUAAGCGUGCAUUUCUACAAUGGAUCUGCAGAGGCUGGUAAUCCCGAGGCUAUGAUGGCAUUGUGUGCCUGGUAUCUCAUCGGUGCGGAGCCCGUACUCGAGAAAGACGAGAAUGAGGCAUACGAGUGGGCACGGCGAGCUGCUGAGACGAAUCUUACCAAGGCAGUGUAUGCUGUAGGAUAUUUCACCGAGAUGGGCAUUGGUUGCCGACGCGAUCCGUUGGAAGCUAAUGUUUGGUAUGUGAAAGCAGCCGAAUGUGGCGAUGAGCGCGCGAAACACCGACUUGCCAAAAUUCGGGUAGCAGCAUCAGGAGGCACGCCGAUGGAAGUCGCGCCACCCAGAAAUGGAGCCAAGAUUAAAAAGAGUGCUUCGACGGUUGACAAGCCAGGGAAAGAUGAAAAAGAAUGUGUGAUAAUGUGA